AUUCUAGUGUGCUGCUGGCCCUGCGAUUUAGCUGGUUGUUGAAUUAAUAAUAUUGUUUUCAUUAAUUACAAUAAAUAAAAAAAGUUAACAAUGGCUUCCAUACUGCGCACGGGUAAACUGUUGCGUUACUUUGCCGGCUUCACACGCAAUGUGGUCGUCAACUCGGUGAGGGACUGCGAGAGCAACAAUCUGCUGCAGUCGGCGCCUUGCAUGUGCGGACAGUUUCAGAAUGGCUUUGCCAGCAAUGCAGCAGCUACCAAAGCAGAGGUGAGUUUGGACAGACAGAUCAGACGCCUGGAUCAGGAUGCACGUCGCAUGGGACGCAUUUCCCGGCGGGAUCUCGAGGAAGUUCUCGACGAGAUUCGCACACAUCGCACUGCAACGAGCUCGCAAUCAUUGCUGGUCAUCAGGUGCUGUGGCAACCUGGUGCCCGAGGAACUGCCCGAGGUGCGAACAGCGCUGGUUCAGGAAAUAUGGAAAACGCUGAAUGCUUUGAAUGUGCCCAUGGAUAUAUCGCAUUAUAAUGCCUUGUUACGGGUCUAUUUGGAGAACGAGCAUCAGUUCACGCCCACCGAUUUCCUGGCCGAGAUCGAGGCCAAAGGCAUUGAGCCCAAUCGAGUCACGUAUCAGCGUUUAAUUGCCCGUUAUUGCCAGCAAGGAGACAUCGAAGGCGCCACACGAAUCCUGGAGUUUAUGCGGGGCAAAUCUCUGCCUGUGAAUGAGAAUGUCUUCAACUCCUUGAUACUCGGACACUCGCAGGCCAACGAUAUGGAGUCGGCCAAGGGCGUGCUCGGCGUGAUGAAGCAGGCGGGCUUGGAGCCCAGUGCGGAUACCUACACGACGCUGUUGUGCGCCUUUGCGCGCCACGGCGAUAUCGACGCGUUGAACACAACACUCGCCGAGUGCGAGCCCAAGGAGAUUAUAUUGCUGGACAAGGAUCUGCUGGACAUUGUGUACACGCUGACAAUUAAUGGUCAUGGCGAUCAUGUGGAUGCCGUGCUCGCCAAGCUGCGCAUUUCACCCGGUUUCAAUCAGGAUGCUGUUAAUAUUAUAUUGCGUUUGGUCAACAAAGGCUAUGAGGAUGUGGCUCUAAAGCUGCUCCGUCUGAUGCCACGUGGAACACGCGUUAAUGGCGAGGCCGUGGAUGUGGGUGCCUUCUUUAUUCGCCAGCUGGUGAAGGCAAAUCGACCGGUGGAAAAGAUAUUGACCAUUUGCCGCACACUCCAAGCUGAGGGACUCAAUCCCAAGGCAUUGACAAUUGCCACGGAAGCGGGAUUGACACAUGGAGCCAUGAACAAUGCGUUGCCGCUGCUCCAGGAGAUGAAAAACCUGGGAUUGCCCAUACGUCAGCAUUACUUCUGGCCAUUGUUCUGCUCUGUGAAAACCAACCAAGUGCUGGAUAUUGUGCGUCGCAUGCAGCAGGAAUUCUCAGUGAAUCCCAAUUCAGAGACAAUCAGAGAUUAUGUCAUACCCAAUCUGAAGGAGAAGAACUGGGAUAAGGUUGUUACUGUUCUGCGGGAUGCUGGCGUGCCAAAUUCCACAGCAGUUACCUCCGCUGUCUAUGCCGCAUUGACCACACAUCAAAUGGCAGAAGCUGCUAAAAUUAUGGAGAAGAACAGAGCUUACUAUGUGCCCAUGAUCUUCCGUCAACCUCUUAUUUUGGCUUUAAGUAAUACCAAUGAUUACUCAUCGUUCAUUCGCUGCAUUCGUCAAAUUCACGAGGGAAUGCAGUUCCGUGCUCCGAAGGAGACAACAGAGGAGCCCGAGGUGGGCAGCGAUGUGGACGCGGCCACGAUGACGGAGCGUACAACACCCGAUGUGGUGGGCAGCAUUGUCCAUGAUGCGGCCAUUUACUUCCGACGCGAACGUGUCAUCAUGUUGGAGAAGGUACUAAUGGGUCUGGUCAAGCAAGGACUUUCCAUAGGCAGCGCCAAGGCAACAGCGAUCUCUGAGCUGCUGGGCGCCGAGAUGACACCAAAGAUCUCGGAGUUGCUGGGCAAGCUCAGCUCUGGCGAACUGGAGCCCAUUGCCUUGCCCAACAGCGGCAAACGUUCCCUCGACUCCCUAAGCAUUGAUGAGCUGGAACGCUUCAUCAAAAAUGUGGAGGCCAAGGGCGAGAAUGCGAAUAACAUAAAGCGACAAUUAAUUUCGGCCUGUUUCCGUUCCAUGAAUCUGGAGAAGACAAAUGAGGUCAUCGAACGUCUCGAUCAGGAGAAGUUCCAGAUACCCAUUGGCGUGUAUGCCCAGCUCGUGGAUCUCUAUACACAUCACAAGCGCAGCUCGGAUGCACUUGCUCAAUACAAAAAACUGCGCACAGCCGAUGCCAACUUCAAGCUGGACAAUCUGAAGACGGUGCGUCUGGCGGAGCUCUUGCUGCAGGAGGAGCGAGAGACGGAGGCGGUGCAGCUGCUCAAGGAGAAUCAGAAGGAAUCGCUUUAUAAUGAGGGCGAAGGUAGCUUCAGUUAUGUGAGCAACGUUUGGCGUAUUCUCAAUGCGAUUGCGGAAUCGGGAGAUGCGGAGAAAUUGAAGCGCAUCUUUGACACACUCAUUGGUGGCAACUAUGUGGCGCCCACGAAUGUGGUGUUGGGACCAUUGAUCAAGGUCUAUGUGAUGAAGGAUGAUCUAACGAAUGCGAUCAAUACUUUCGAGCAGAUCUGUCAACAGUACAAGGCAACUCCCUGGAAGAAUGAGCUCGCCUGUCGCCUCAUCCAGAAGGAGGAUGCAGCCAAUUUGCAGAGAUUAACCGAUCUGAGCACAAGUAUCCAUGGUGAGGUCAACAGUCUGUACGACUUGGUCUUCUCCUUUGUCGAGUGCGGACGUGUGCGUCAAGCGCGUAAGAUUCUGGAGACACCUGGACUUCGCACCAGACCACAACGCAUUAGCUCCGCCUGUGAUCGUUAUAAGAAUGAGGGCAUGUUGCAGCCACUGGAGGGUUUGAUCGAGGCUACCAAGGAUCUGGGACACAUUGAUCGCAAUAAGAUCUACUACACACUCUUGCUCAGUUACGACAAGGCUGAUGAGGCUGAAAAGGCGCUGGGCUUGUGGACCAAGAUGCAAGAGGAGGCGGUGGCGCCCACCGACGCAUUCCUUCUCAAGCUGGCGGAGAUGUUGCAGCGCAAGAACAUCGAUGUGCCUUUUGUGGUGCCGGAGGCAGCGCAGCCCAGAUCGAAACGCAACAAGACGGUUGUUAAAACAGAACAACAGCCCAAGAUGGAGCAGGCAAAGGAAGAGCGGCCGAAUGCUGAUCCUCCUAAGAACGUACAACCUAAGAUGCCUUCCAGCACCUCCAGCUUCCGUCGUGCGAUUCAGGCCAACGAUGCAGAUGCUGCCAUCGCUUGCAGAGAGCGUAUCAUCAGUGGCGAUAAGUUUAGCAUUCUAGAUACCUCGCGUCUUAUUGAGCUUCUGGUUCGUUCGGAUCGCUUAGCGGAGGCCACCAAAUACGUGGAUGAGUUGCUUGCCGACAAGCAGCAUCCGCAGCCAAUUUUCAAAUAUUUCUUGAAUAAAAUUGCCGCCUCUGGUGAUUUGGGCACUUUGGAGCGCAUUGGCAAGCAGCUGAAUGAUGAACAGAAGCGUCUGGUUUCCUUUGACAAUCGCUAUUGCCAUGCCUACAUUGUCGCGGGCAAAGCCGAGCAGUUCCUAAAGCAACUGAGCAAUGACAUUGAAGCGGCCAAGACGCCUGAGGAUGCGGCCAAGUUGGCCGAAAAGUUUCCACGUGGCGGCGCUGUGGGCAUCCUGGACAAACAUCCCGAGCUGGUGGCACAAUAUGAAGCCUUGGCUGAGAAAUAUGCUGCCCUCAAUCAACUGGGACCCAUGAAUGUGCUGUGGAUGCAUUUGAUUUCCAAUGGUCAGGAGGUGGCCUCCAAACAAAUCUGGGAUAAGCACUUGUCCAGUGCGCCACGUUUAAUGUUCCAGCGUGUGUUGCAAACGGCACGGGACCAGCAGGAUGAGAAACUUGCCUCGACGGUGAUUGCACAGCUGAAGAAUAGCAAAAUAUCCGAGGGAGCCAUUGGUAAUGCCUACUCCUGUCUCUUGGAUAUACAGACAAACAAGGGGAAUACGGACAAGGCUAUGGAGGUGCUGGCGAAUGCCAUCAAAGAUGUUUCCCUAGAAAAUAUCAAUCGCACUGCACUGUUGCGUUUGAAGCAGGCAGUUGAGGAGAAAUCACAAAAGUUCCCAUACACGGUGCCAGAGAAACGCACCAAGGCGGAGGAUUCCAGCUCCUCGUCGAGCAGCAGCAGCAGCGAUGAUGAUGUCUCGCCUAAGAAGCCCGAAUCGGUGCCACAGAAAUCGGAAAAGUAAACAUGUUUUCCUUUAUUUAGUUUAAUUCGUAAGAUAAUUAUGCUAUAACUAUCUAGUAUUUACUUUGCUGUUGUCAUGAAAUUGUAAACUAAAAUAUAAUUAGUUGUUUUUAUUGCAAAUU